AUGGUGGCUACCGCACUCUAUCUUUCACUGAAGACAAGAUAUAACAGAGAGAUACAUUUGAAGGUUGAAAUGUUUCUCAAUACACAUGGAAAAUCAAAAACCACAAGGUACACUUUCGCUGAAGUUAAGAAGAUGGCGAGACGGUUCAAGGUUAACUUAGGACGUGGUGGAUAUGGAAGUGUAUACAAAGGCGAGCUACCAAAUGGAGUUCCUGUAGCUGUCAAGAUGCUAGAGAACUCUAUAGGAGAGGGACAGGAAUUCAUCAAUGAAGUUGCAACUAUUGGACUAAUCCACCAUACAAAUAUUGUCCGCCUCCUGGGAUAUUGCUAUGAAGGAACAAGACGGGCUCUUAUUUAUGAAUUCAUGCCUAACGAGUCACUGGAGAAAUACAUAUUCUCUCGCGACUCUAAUAUUUUUCAGACUCUCUUAGUACCUGAAAAAAUGCUAGAUAUUGCUUUAGGCAUUGCACGAGGAAUGGAAUAUCUACAUCAAGGAUGCAACCAGCGCAUUCUCCACUUUGACAUCAAGCCUCACAACAUCUUGCUGGACUACAACUUCAAUCCAAAGAUUUCAGACUUUGGCCUAGCAAAGCUGUGUGCCAGGGACCAAAGCAUCAUUACAUUAACUGCAGCAAGAGGCACACUGGGCUAUAUUGCACCGGAGCUAUAUUCCCGGAACUUUGGGGGCAUAUCCCACAAGUCAGACGUGUACAGUUUUGGCAUGCUGGUGUUGGAGAUGGUGAGUGGUAGGAGGAACUCAGAUCCAAGGACUGAGAGCCAGAACGAGGUAUACCUCCCGGAAUGCAUCUAUGAGGAAGUUAUCGCUGGCCAGGACUUGGCGCUUACAGGGGACACGGCAGAAGAAGAGAAAGAAAAGGUUAGAAAACUAGCCACAGUGGCACUGUGGUGCAUCCAGUGGAACCCAAAGAACCGUCCCUCGAUGACAAAGGUGGUAAACAUGUUGACAGGGAGGUUCCAGAAUCUACAGAUGCCCCCAAGGCCUUAUGUCCCAUCUGAAAACCAUGCUAUCCCUUAA